GGAAAGCACUUUGAGCUUGGCCCACAACUGAGCACGGGGCGAGCUGUUUGGCCUGCCACUUUCUAAGACAGGUGAUAAAAAAUAAAGUGGCUAGUGAAGCGGGGAAUCAGCGUAUUUGCUUUCAGAGCAGAUGUAACCAUUUUGUUGGUCGGCCGACUAUUUUCAACCGGUAAAAAGGUCCGCUGUUUAGGCCGAGGACUACCGCUCGAGUCGAAGGCCGCAAGGAGGCCGCAGGUAAAGCAAUUAAUGAAAAUCAAUGGCCAUGGAUGAUGAGAUAGUAGGGAUUCACCUGCAGCCACAGGAUGCAAAGGCAAUUUUUGGUGCCACAGGAGCUGUUUUAGAUGGUGUUCCUCAUAUUGAUGGAGAUCAGAUUAUAGUGGAAGUACAAGAAACUGUCUUUGUUUCUGACUCAGACUUGGCAAUGCACAACUUUGUGCAUGAUGAUUCAGACUCUGUAGUUAUACAGGAUGUUAUUGAAGAUGUUAUCAGUGAAGAUGUUCAAUGUCAUGAUAUCAUGGAAGAAACAGAUGUCUCUGAGACGGUUAUUAUUCCUGAAGAAGUCUUGGAAUCUGAUGUUACUACAGAAGUUUCCUUGGAUAAUUGUCCUGAUGAUGUUCUGUCUUCUGACAUGACAUCAGACACUAUAUCUAUGCCAGAACAUGUAUUGUCAGAGCCUGUGCAUGUGCCAGCAAUUGAACAUGUGCGGAGAAUGGUUCAUGCAGGUAUCUCAGAGUCAGAAAUUGAGUCGGAGACGUUACCAACCGAAGACAUUCCUGAAGAUGUAUUGGUGGCAGACUGUGGUUCAGAGUCGGUAAUAGAUGAAAAUGGCAUUCCCGUUGAAGCCCAGGAAGACAAAGUGAAUUGUGAUGAUUAUCUCAUGAUUUCAUUGAGUGAUGCUGUAAAGAUGGAGACUGAUGAUACCGAAAUGUCGAUGAAUCCAGACAUGUCUGACCAGAGUGAUCCCAAAGAGGACAGUACAUGCCCAGAAGUUAUCAAGGUCUAUAUUUUUAAGGCAGAUCCUGGUGAUGAUGAUAUUGGGGGUACAGUAGACAUAGUCGACACAGAACCUGAAAAUGAUCAUGAUGUGGGGCUGUUGCAUUCGAGUGGCACUGGACGUGUUUCUCGUGAAAAAAUGGUGUAUAUGACAGUAAAUGACUCCCAGAACGAAGAAGAUUUGAGUGUUGCAGAAAUUGCUGAUCAGGUCUACAUGGAAGUUAUAGUGGGAGAAGAGGAUGCAUCUGUAAAUCGUGAACAACAACUAGAUGAUUCAGACUUGAACAAAACCUUUAUGCCUAUUGCUUGGGCAGCAGCUUAUGCAAUAAUCAUUGGCCCUGAUGGACAUCCCUUAACUGUCUAUCCUUGUAUGAUAUGUGGAAAGAAAUUCAAAUCCCGGGGGUUUCUGAAAAGGCACAUGAAGAACCACCCAGAGCACUUAACAAAGAAGAAAUAUCAGUGCACAGACUGUGAUUACACAACAAAUAAAAAAACAAGUCUACACAAUCAUCUGGAGUGUCACAAGUUGAUCAGCAAAACUGAUAAAGCCAUAGAAUGUGAUGAGUGUGGGAAGGAAUUCUCACAUUCAGGAGCUUUGUUUACCCAUAAAAUGGUACAUAGAGAAAAAGGUGCCAAUAAAAUGCACAAGUGCAAGUUCUGUGACUAUGAAACAGCUGAACAAGGUUUAUUGAACCGUCAUCUUUUAGCUGUGCAUAGCAAAAAUUUUCCGCACAUUUGUGUAGAGUGUGGCAAAGGUUUUCGUCAUCCAUCUGAGCUAAAGAAACAUAUGCGUAUCCACACCGGUGAGAAGCCGUACCAGUGCCAGUAUUGUGACUAUAGAUCAGCUGACUCUUCCAACCUGAAAACACAUGUGAAGACUAAACAUAGCAAGGAAGUUCUUUUCAAGUGUGAACAUUGCUUUUUAAAAUUUUCAGAUACCAAAGAACUGCAGCAGCAUGCUGUUUUGCAUCAGGAAAGCAAAACUCACCAGUGCUUACACUGUGAUCACAAGAGUUCAAAUUCCAGUGAUUUAAAACGUCAUAUAAUUUCAGUCCACACUAAAGAUUAUCCUCACAAAUGUGACAUGUGUGAUAAAGGCUUUCAUCGACCUUCAGAGCUGAAAAAACAUGUUGCAGCUCACAAGGGUAAAAAACUGCAUCAGUGCAGACACUGUGAUUUUAAGAUUGCAGAUCCAUUUAUCCUUAGUCGUCAUAUUUUGUCAGUUCAUACAAAGGAUCUACCCUUUAGGUGUAAGAGAUGCAGAAAGGGCUUCAGGCACCAAAAUGAGUUGAAAAAGCACAUGAAGACCCACAGUGGUAGGAAGGUAUAUCAGUGUGAGUACUGUGAAUAUACCACUACAGAUGCAUCUGGUUUCAAGCGUCAUGUUAUUUCCAUUCAUACAAAAGACUACCCUCACAGAUGCGAUUAUUGCAAGAAAGGUUUCCGAAGACCAUCAGAGAAGAACCAGCAUAUAAUGAGGCAUCAUAAAGAUGCUAUAUUGUCAUAAAUUUUUGCUCUAGUAGACUGCAAUAGACAGAGUAUCAAACUCUCGAGGCAAUCAUUUGUCUUCAAAGCCAUUUCAUUGAUGUAGAAACAUGAAAAUUGUCAGCAGUGAAGGACCAGUUGGCCUGUCUUGCCUGACCUGUUUUUGGUAAUAUGGUGUAGAGCAUUUUGACUUUGUUUUCCUCCUUGUAAACAGUAAUAUUAUUUGGUCAGAUGUGUGUUUUGCACUUUCAUCCUUGAUAAGCCAAAGUAGAUGAACAUACCUGACAGACUGCUAGCUCUGUAAUUUGUGUUUCUUGUAACACAGCAGAAUAUCAUUCGUCAACACCAAAAGCACUUUUUGUUUGUCAUUUGCAUUGUCUGUUCCGUCUAGUAAAGCUAGUCUUUUUUGAGCAGUUUAAUAUGCAGUCAUUUUAAUAUGUUGUAUUUGAUACAGACACAUGUACUGGGUCCCAUUUCCAUGCCACAUCAACUAUGAAAACUUACAGUGCUGUUUGUCAGAAAGCUGUCCCUUACACAAAGUCAUCACCACUAGCUGUUAAACAGAUUGCUUUAUUGAAAAAUACUUAUGAAUAUUGAAGCAGCUGCCUUCUUUAAUCUCGAGUCAUAAAUAAUAAAAAAAAAAUCUUAGAAUGCUGUAUAUAAAUAAGCCAAGUAUAUGCAAAGCAUUUUCAUGCUAAAACAACUGUAGCAUCCUUUUAUCAGUAGACUUCAUACUGAAAGGUUCACUUUAUCCCAUGUACACACAGUGAUAACUUGCAUAGCUCAUUGUACAGAUUUCUCAUGAAUUUCCAUACCAGCUGAUUUUAUUAUAAAAAUGUUUAUCAAUGGUAAGCAAGUGAUGAUGUUUGAGUGGAUCACUAACCUGUGGAAAAAGAAGUGAAUGAACUAAAAUCCCAUCACAGUGGAGUGUCUAUGAUCUUUAACAGUUUGUCUUCUGAGAAUACUCCAGCUGUGUCUUUCAUGUCAGCUUUACUUGUACAUUUUGCUACUGCAUUUUAUUUGAACUCUUAUUUGCUUUAGUCAUAACUGCGCUGACAGUGGGGAGAUUACUGUAUUACUACAUCUCAAUGUGAUAAUACUUGAUAAAUAAAACUGUAAUUAAUA